CUCACAAGUUAUUAUUAGCUUUCCCUAUUUCUCACUGCAUUAAAGAAGGGGAAAGGCAAAACAAAAAUCUAGCUUGAGAUCUAGCAGUUAUGGGGAGAGCUCCUUGCUGUGAUAAAGCAAAUGUCAAGAAAGGGCCAUGGUCACCUGAAGAAGAUGCCAAGCUGAAGGACUUCAUCCACAAGUUUGGCACUGGUGGAAACUGGAUAGCUCUCCCUCAUAAAGCUGGGUUAAAGAGGUGUGGAAAGAGCUGCAGAUUGAGAUGGUUAAACUAUCUUAGACCAAACAUAAAGCAUGGUGAAUUCUCUGAUGAAGAAGAUAGAAUCAUUUGCUCCAUUUAUGCUACCAUUGGAAGCAGGUAUAUUGUAUGUGUCUAUAUAUGUGUGUAGAUCUAUCUUUGGACUGGAUAGAUCUAUGGGUACUUGCUUAGCUUCCAUUCUCCCUGUGUUUCCACUAUAAAAGGAAAGAAGCCAAGAAAGAGAAUCUUUUUUUCCAUGUCAAUAGUAAAACAUUGGUGAAGUAUAUUCUUCCUUAGCUUAUGAAUCUAAGUUAUUUUGCAAUGGAAGCAUUUAACAGUCUAGUAGCUUAGCUUCCUGUAUUCAUUUAAUCAUUUUAUAAAAAACACACAUUUUAUAAAUACAAUCUUUUCGGAACUUUUAACAGGAAGUUAAAACCCCAUAUUUUAGUAUAGUCUUGAUAUGGAUAAACUUAGGAAAUAAUUAAAAAUGUGAAUGGCAUGCUGCAGGUGGUCAGUAAUAGCUGCUCAAUUACCAGGAAGGACAGAUAAUGAUAUCAAGAACUACUGGAACACCAAACUCAAGAAGAAACUCAUCAAUGUUAUGCUCAGUAAUAAUAACACAAAUAAUAACCAAGCUUCUUCAAAUCAGCCGAAAUCAACAAGAUCUUCAUCUUCACUACUCUUUCAGUCCUCUUCUUCAACUACACCUGCUUCUCUUCAAGCACCCUCAGACGCCCAAGAACUGUCCUUUUACACAAAUACCCCUCCAAACAGUUCAUUUUCUGGCUUUGCAGAUCAACCCUUUUCUUACAGCCAUGACCAUCAGGGUUUCGUUAAUCUCACUCACUUUGGUAGUGAACUUAACAGUAGUGAUAUGAAUCUUGCCACAUAUGGGGGAACUAGUGAGGCUUGUGGUUCUUCAUCUUAUAAUGGAAGCAAACCAGAUAUCAAGCAAGAAGAAGCUGAAGGUGAUCACAACCAGCAGCAGCUACUGAACACUUGUUUUUUACAGGCCACAUAUGGGCAUUUUGGGAAUAAUAAUAGCAGCUGUGGGCUUGAAGAGGGUCAGAUUGGCCAGGGCCACAAGUUCUUGCUACAGUAUGCAGGAGCUGCUGGUGCUAGUGUUGACCACCAUCAUUAUCAACUUCCAAAUAGCGGGGGGUAUUUUGGGAAUAGUUGCAUUAGUUUUAACAAUGAUUGUCUUGAAAAUGUUAGGAAGAUAGAUUCCAGGAUAGAUGAGACUGAGAUGAUGAGGUACUAUUACCAUUACUGAGUGUACCUGUCAAUUUUAUCAUCAAGAAGAGAAGUAGAAUCACAAAGAUUUCAUAGGGUAUGGGUGGGGAUGGCAUGGCAUGGCAGCUGAGUUCCCGAUUUAUCAGAUCAGUUCUUUGGUUUAUGUGUUACUUAUGAUUAUUAUUUUAUUAUUGUGUUAUUACUAUCGUUAUUAUUGCCAUAAUUAUUACUACAAUUAUUAUGCUAUGUAUAUUAAAAUGAUGGGAUUUCAG